UUCUCCGUUACACAUCUCUCUCGGGCUUCGCACGAAUUCGUUCUGGUGGUUCCGUUUACCAACGUGUGGUGUGUUAGCGCAGCAGAUCAGAGCCGAGCGAUAGAUCGAUGUUUUUCGAGCUGCUGCCUUUUUGGAAGGUUCCGAGAGUACGAGCGAUAGAGCAGCGCAUCUUGAACAUUUGAAGAAGUUCGUCGCUUGGAGGCGCGCAAGUCUCUCGAGUCGCGGGAUUGUUUGCAGUUGCGCUUAUUCUGUUUAUCGGUUAGUGACAAGUGCUUAAAAGGGGUGACCUUGCCUUGAGAAGAUCGUGUCGAUCGGAUUCUGAUGGAUUUAUGCACGCUGAACCUGAGUUUCCGAGCCGUUGAGUUCUACAUGCUAAUGAAGUGGCUGCAGGGGCUUCGUGCACUGUGUUCAAUGAGUUUGCGCACCCAUUGUGGUUAAUUAUCUACGGAUUAGUGUCAACUGAGUGCAAUUGACCAACUGAAACGGUGUGGACCUCCGGCAUUGAAUGCCACGUGCCUUCCGACGACUCAGCGAAGACUUCCUACGGCAGUGCUACGAAAGCGGACAAGUGCUACAUAAUUCCGCGAGAAGUGUACAGAGUGAAUAAAUUGUUCUUUAUUUGCUUGUACUGGCAUCUUCAUUACAUGGUGUUACAUUUCAUUAUCUUGUAGCUCGUGUUGUCGUAGUCGUCUUGUUCGCGGUGUGCGUACUCUUCCCAUACCUCUGAUCCACCCAUUGGCUCCAGUUGAAACAAGCUCUGGUUUUCUUCCGUGGAAGUGAUUACCGACAACAACAUUAUUCGUUUGUACUUUGGGCACGUGCUUCGGAGGGGAUUUAUUAACUUGGGUGGCAUAAUAUGUUGCUCCACUAAUGAGCUCCACCAGUGGAAACGCGUAGCCAAGCAGGAAAAGUGACCCGAAGAAAGUGAUACUCGACCUCGGUGUGUUCAAGUGAUCAAGAUUUGAAUCUUCUCCGUGCUUGUUCAUAAUAGCGCGCAAAUAACAACAGUCGUCGGGAAGGUUACCGCCAAAUCUGCGUGCUUUAAUUAGCAAGAUCGAGACGAGAAGUUUGAAGUUUUUGCCUUCGUUUAGGUCUCUAUUUUCGACUUACUUGGAGCCGCUGGUAAACUGCACUGUGGUGCUUUUUUUUCGUGUGUGUGGACUUUUUUGCAAGUUCAAGAAGACCCGGCAUAAGCUGCUACUUCCUGGAUUGGACCGCGAGCAGAUUCCGAUCGCAAACAAGAUGAAUCAACAGUGUAAGGUGUGCGGCGAACCGGCCGCUGGCUUUCAUUUCGGAGCGUUUACCUGUGAAGGAUGCAAGUCAUUUUUUGGUCGCACGUACAACAAUUUGUCAUCGAUUUCGGAAUGCAAAAACAACGGCGAGUGUGUCAUCAACAAGAAGAAUCGCACCGCCUGCAAGGCGUGUCGGCUGCGUAAAUGCCUGGUCGUGGGGAUGUCCAAGAGCGGUUCCCGAUAUGGUCGACGGUCGAACUGGUUCAAGAUCCAUUGUUUGCUCCAGGAGCAGCAGGCCCAUAAAAACAACAAUAAUAACAACAAUAGCUUGACCAGCAAUAACAAUGACACUGGAAGCAGCAAUAAUAACAGCACAAGCAACAAUGGGAGCAGUAACAACACCUCACCCAGUUUGCUUCCAAAUGGAUUUCUGCCAGCAAACUUCCUUUCUAGCUUAUGCAACAAUAACAACAACGUAACAUUGAAAAAAGAAUUGAAGAGACCCAGUUCACCGAGUGAUUCAGGAGCGUCAUCAGCAGAUCCGGAGGAAAGUUCCAGCUUCAAAGACCCCUUCCAUGGAAACAGCAAUCGAACGAUCUCACCAAAGGUUGAAUUUCCGGAAGUAACCCUAACCAAAAUCAACCCUAAAGUCAGUCGGACAUCCUCGACAUCAUCGUGUUCAACCAACACCACUACGGAUAGCUUUCGACCGCUGUUGGAUCGAAUCUCGCCGUAUCUCCCACACGGGCCUUAUCGACCGGAAACCACUCCGUACUUCCCCAUGCCCUUCGCAAUGCCUCCGGUGUCUCUCGCACUGAUCGCCACUGGGAAGCAUGACAACGAGCAACAUGAACCCAUAGAUCUUUCCAUGAAGUCAAAGUCAUCGAACUCAUCUGGAUCUCCGCUCCGGUUAGGAUCGACCUCUCCACUGAUAGCCGACGUCGACAACUCGGACGAUCUGGCAUCUUCAGUGGAAGUUCCCCGUCCAGUGCCGUUGGACUUGACUUUCACACGAUCAAAAACCUUAUCUGGAUGAUAGUGAUUUAUUGUAAUUUAUACUCAAAGUACUUGAAGUAAGAUGUGAUUGACUAAUUAUUAUUAUCUAAUUAAAUUCUAGCAUUGAAAACUAGAACCCGAACACGCCACAGCGCCAACAUAGUGCCCACAUUAUUCAAGAACAAUACAUACACAAAAAGAUCCUCGCACUUGGAAGUUGUAAUAUAUGGGCAUAGCAGAAGGACAUGUUUUCCUAAAUUAACACUAAAUUAUAAUACGUCUUUCACCACCAAUGUACUGGCCAGUUAUUUCAAGUCACUUCCUCACACUAAGCAAGGAAGAACAAAUUAUAAAUGCUCAGUGAUUUUGCGUAUACAUUUUAAGCCAUAGUAAGCAACCCAGUGAAACGUAAACUGUAGCCAGUAAGGGGACCAAUUUGCCAGUUUUAG